AAGAUAUUUUUACUGAGUGGUAUUUAAAAAAGGCGACGAAGGCAAAGAGACAUCGAAAACCUUUGAUUGGCAUCCAUGGCGUCGAUACAGAGCAAGCUUCCUGUUCUCAUAGUCUGCUACGUUAUUCUUCUCGGCUAUGCAUCAUCGUCAUCAUUAUCAUCUGAAAUAUCUCUUCCAUCUUCAUCUCCGAAGGUCUCCUUGGGCUUGUACUAUGAGUCUCUCUGUCCGUAUUGCUCAUCCUUCAUAGUGAACCACCUCACGAAGCUCUUCGAAGACGAUCUCAUAUCAAUCGUCGAUCUUCAUCUCUCUCCGUGGGGUAAUACCAAGCUCCUCCCCGAUAACGUCACUACUGUUUGCCAGCACGGGGCAUUUGAAUGCUUCUUGGAUACAGUAGAAGCUUGUGCGAUUGAUGCUUGGCCUAAAUUGAGUGAUCAUUUCCCCUUCAUCUACUGUGUCGAGAAGUUGGUGACUGAACACAAGUUUGACAAGUGGGAGACGUGUUACGAGAAGCUCAAUCUCAACUCAAAACCUGUUGCCGAUUGUCUCAGCAGUGGACAUGGAAACAAGCUUGCGUUGCACUAUGCCGCAGAAACAAAGGCACUUCAGCCUCCUCAUGAAUACGUACCCUGGGUAGUUGUGGAUGGUCGGCCACUUUAUGAGGAAUAUGAAAACUUCAUAAGCUACAUCUGCAAGGCUUACAAAGGUAAUAAAGUGCCUGGUGCCUGCGCCAAAUAUUCAUCUGACAACUUCAUUCGCAGUUUCAAAUUGAAACGCUUCCCUCUGGUUUGCCGGAAAGGAGUUAAUAAGAUGUCGGAUAUGUUGGAACGUAUCAAAACAUCUUUAUCGUCAUACGUCAACACUGCAGGCCUGCUAUAAACCCUUUUCCAGUUUCUUUUUACCUAUGUAUCAACACACCCUGAAAAGCUAUCUAGAUUCUGAAAUCCAAAUGUAUCAGAAUUGUAUGUUUGUUCACAACCUUUAAAGAAUCAUAGUAGUAGUCCUAUGUAUCAGAAUGUAUGAUUGUUCACAACUUUUGAAGAAUCACAUUAGUUUUAUUUAUUUGUGCUAUUAUUA